AUGGAGGAGACCCCAUGGGCCACCCCUCGACCUUGGCGUCUUACAGACUGUUUCAUGACGCCCGAACUCCUUCCCCACUACCUGUACUAUGUGCGACAUGGAACAUCUCAAACCUCAUUUGGGCCCAACGGCGACAUUCACACCAAAAACCCAGACAAAAGACUUGCUAUCUCUUCCCGUGGCGAAUUGAAAGAGUUAGUUCGACGGCAUCUCGACUGGUCCUCCAGGGGACCAAGCCUUUUUAUCUCGACAUUUUUCGACAAGAGCGUUGCGUGGCUCUGGGGUUCACAACGCGAGCCCAUAGUGGUCAUGUAUACGAUCAGUACACGACGAUUGCCCGCCCACUGGCCGGUAGUUUGCGCCGGAGUCCACACCCAGAACGCCUUUGAUGCCGACUUCUUGUUCCUUUCUUAUAUACCAAGCCAGGCUAUCGUCCGUGUAGACACCAUCCGCCCUCCGCUCCCGGAGGUUUUGGCGGCUGUCGAUUAUUCGGUCCCUCCCGCGGCUCCCACACUUCAAGGAUUUGUCCCUCCCCCGCCCUAUGUCGGGCCCUAUCCUACGCCCCAUAAUCAGUUUGCGCCCACGCCGGUUCCCGCGCCAGCGCCGCCGUAUAUCACGUCAACGCGGCCACCGCCGCAGUACUCGGCACCGCAGCACUUCACGUCACCGCCGUAUACCACGCCCGCGCAGUAUAUCACGCCUGUUCCGCCUGUCGGAACCCCUUCUCGGGUUCCCCGUGAACCUGGGAAUGAAGCACAUCCCAGGUCUGAAUCCAGUUACCCGUGUGAGACUGGACCGGAUCCUUCGCCAGCGCCGCAUUUCACGUCACCGCCACAUACCCCGCCAGGGCAAAUCACGACAGUUCAGCCUGUUGAGUCCCCUCCUCAGGUCCCCCCUCAGCUUAAGGAUGGAACGUCUGUGUCCGAGCUGCCGGUCUCUUCGGUGACGGAGCCGUCUAUCGCGUCCGAUCCAGAGCUGGAUGUCGAACCCAAGACAGAGCUGGUCCCCGAGGUAGACUCUGACCUGCCUGCUACGCCCAAGCCCAAGACACCUGUCGACAAGCCCGAGACACCCGUCAACAAGCCCGAGACACCUGUCCAGUCCAACCCCGAGCGAGCUGUCAAGUCCAACCCUGAGACGCCUGCCGGGACCAAGAUCAGUUUCUUUGCGGAAGAUUCUGAGCUCACUUCCUCACCUGUUGCCGAGCGAGCCGUCAAUUCUAACCCCGACACGCCUGCCCCUGUCGAGACCAACAUCAAUUUCUUUGCGGAGAAUUGA